AUGGACAUCCCAUCGACCACCUUAGAGAUCUUGGUAAGUGCCUUUUCACAGGGACUUACAAAGGGAAAUUUCUUUCACUCACUCAUCUUAAAACCACCAAAGGACUUCGACCGGUUGCUCUGGAAGGCUAGCGAAUAUGUCAACGUGGAGGAGGUCCAAGGAGCUCGAAAGAAGGAAGCCAUUCCUGAGCCAACAGACGCCCCUGAGUGUCGGGUGGCUCAAACGCAUCAACCACCAAAGGGCCCCCAAGCGGGAGCGACUCAGCCAUUCCAAGAGCCCCAGGCCCACGCUGUGCAACAUCUGGAAGUAGAGCGGUCGGAGGCCGCGAAAGAGAAUAGGAGUAAUGCUACACGGGACAACAUUGGGAUGAUCGUCGGUGAUCCAACGGAUGGUGAUUCCAACAUGGCGAGGAAAUUGUAUGCCCCACGAUUAGAGAUACAUGCCAUCGGGUGCAGUAUGCAGAAGGCCAAGGGACCAGAGAUCAGCUUUGGUCCUCGGGACUUAGUGGGGGUGGAGGUCCCUCAUGAUGAUGCCUUGAUCAUCCGAGCAGUAAUAGCUAAUUACAAUAUUCACCAAAAUUUUAUAGAUAUAAAUAGUUUGGUGAAUAUCAUAUUCAAGAAGGCAUUCGACCAGUUACAAAUCGACCGGAGCGACUUGCAGCCUAUGAUGACACCACUAUAUGGGUUCACAAGCAAUGAAGUAUUGCUAAUUAGUCAAGCUCAAUUAGCCAUAUCACUCAGAGAGGAGUCACUCAGGCGGAUAAGGACAACAAAUUUUAUCAUGGUGGAUGUGCUGUCCGCCUACAACAUUAUAUUGGGUCGUCUGGCCCUGAACGAGUUCUGGGCUAUAGUAUCCACUUUUUGCCAAAAGAUCAAAUUCUUGGUGGACAAGUCGGUGGGUGAAGUCAAUGGUGACCAACUAGCUGCUCAGUGGUGCUACAUUAAGAUGGUUAAGUCCAAGGCAAAGGCCACUUGA